CUCUCACAUUGUCACACUGACUGACACCAGGGACAGGUGCGCCUGGCGCGAUGCUACACUGAUAACCCGUCGCUGUGAUUUUGCCCGAUUUUUCUUUUGAUUUUUCUCUUCAGUGGUGGGAUUUCCAGCCAGUGAAUAUUUUUUAUCAACAGUGGAAUGAGAUAAUCACAUCCAUCUUUAUUCUGGCAAUGGAGAAACAGGUACAGAUGGAGAUGGCAAAGGAGGACUUUCAGGAGCGUCAACCUAAACAGCCGAUAAAAGAGAUGACUGAGGAGCAAUUCCUGAAAGAUCUUUACAUUUUCAUGAGGAAAAGAGACACACCAAUAGAGAGGAUCCCACAUCUGGGCUUCAAACAAAUUGAUUUGUUUGUGAUGUUCAAGACGGUCAAUGACUUGGGAGGCUACACACAGGUGACUUCUCAACAGUUGUGGAAACAGGUUUAUAACACACUGGGAGGAAAUCCUCGAAGCACGAGUGCAGCAACCUGCACCCGCAGGCACUAUGAGAAGUUGCUCUUGCCGUACGAAUGCCACAUGAAAGGCAUCGUAAUGAGCACCAUCCCUCAGCAUCAGCCGAAGCCCUUCCACUAUGUGACCUACAGCAAGAGCGACGACUGUGGCCCGAGGCCUCUCAAACGCAGGAUGUUAUCAUUACCAAUGCACCAGGCCCCUCAUCUUCAGCCAGAUACCCACGGGGGUCUCUUUGCUCUUCCUCUCCACUACCCUCACUUCUUCCCCCCAACCCACACAGUUCUGCCCCCUUACGUCCCCAUCUCCCCGACAGUGAUGACCCCACACAGGCCCUCAGCUACAAAACCCCAUUUUCCAAUCCCACCGUCUCCCCUCAACUCAGACGGAGACACGGAGCCCCUGGAGCACCUGCGCAAACUUUCGGAAUGGUACAAAACCUCAUCCGGAUUGGUCCAGCAACCGCUGAACCUCAGCAAAAAAAUGUCACCCCAAGAGCCAAGCUCCUACCCCGUGUCGUCGUUCUCCCCACCUUCAUCCGGCAAGAACCCAAAGUUUUUGAACAAGCCCUCCACGCUUUACACCACGCUUCACGCAGGCGCCCCGAGAGACGAAGGAUCUGAGACACAAGAGGGGGACCCCUGUGAAGGGGGCUCAACGUAUUCGUAUCCUGUGAAAGGAAGGGAGUCCGGCAGAGAUUCAAGUAGCCCCGUGUAUACUUUGCCGUCUGGAAGCGACAACGAUGCCACUGAAAUGCCACAGACUCCCAGCUCACCAAAAACAGACUUUGUCAUCAGUUCAAAGGACGACAGAGAGGGCAGGUCAGAUUUGAAGGGGUUCAAUCUCAGUCACAUGCUGCCAGGCCUUCCUCGAGAGAAAGAAGGCAAGAUGGAAAUUGAGAUACCGCUGUCGGUCUUUCACAACUGGAUCAAGCUGUAUGGGCCGUCUGUCCAGGCACACAAAGCCAAGGAGGCUUCUCUUUCUGCUCAGGAAGACUAUCUCAGACCAAGGAACUGGAUCGACACAGACGGCUUCAACGCCAACCUGACACUUCAACUGAGUUCCCAGAACUCGGCGCAGGAUCUCAGACUGAGGAAUGUGCCAAGCCCUACACCAACCACACAGGCAACCGGCAAUCACCACAAUCCAGGUCAAAAUCACCUCAGCAGCUACAAUGCUUUGCCCUCGGGUGGCGUUCCGAAAAAUGCUGGCAGCCGUGAUGUCUAUCCGUUUGAUCUGCAGGAUAUUAGGAAGUCACACAACUCAAAAUCCCCACAUUUGUGGGAGGCCCGUGACAAAGAGGACCAGUCUCCCCUCAGUCCGGUGAAAUCCGACGGCAGUCCUCACAGGGCUCUGCCAGACUUUGUCCCUAAACUGUUCACAGAAGACGUUACGCAGGCAGCCAGGCAGAAGUCAGAGGCGGGGUCCUCGGCUGUGCUCAUGGUCAAUUCCAACUCUCUGCUGCAGCUGACUACUGAAGAGGUCAUGAAGCUGAAGAAAAUGAUCUCAAGUUCGUCGUAAAUGCCAGAUUGCCGCAUACCAACACCACUGCAAAGCUGACCUAUGUGUAAUAUAGUCCUCAUAAGAGAUGUAUCAUGGAAUUGUACAUUUUGUAUAUGAAUUGCUCAUCGGAGUGAAAUUAACCCAAAAACAGCACUUCAGUGAAACCGUUAUAUCAACUGAUCUUACAGAGAAAGUGCCCUGACGCCUUGUUUUGUACAGAAGGAAAUGUUUGUGAUGCACAUGUAAUAUUUCAGCCUAAUUAUUUUGUGAAUUUAAAUAAAAUUGAAGCACAUGA